UCACGUGGGGGAUGGACGAAGCGCGCAGCUGCGAAAUAUUUUUCUCAGUUAUUUGAGUGCAUUUAUACUUUCAUGAUUUCGUCUAUAUUUUAUGUAGUGUUAUCAGGUAUCACUGUCCGAGCAGAACCGCCCUCGACCGACCACCACUCCGUUCUCUCUAGCGAAGUGAUUCCUCUUUUUGAAUCCUUGCUCUCCUUUUCUUCUCCCUAUCGCGCAUGGCGGGUCGAUACGAUAGCAAUCCGUUUGACGAGGAGGACGUGAAUCCAUUUGGGAACACUGCAACCGGUAGGAAAGGAGCUGGGCAAUCAAAUUAUGGAGGAGGAGCAUUUAAUGUGACGAACCCAGGCAGCGUGCCACCUGUUUCAAAUUCUAGGCUUUCACCUCUUCCACCUGAACCUGCUGAUUUCUACAAUGACCGUACUGCAACAGUAGAUAUACCUCUAGAUGUGUCCAAGGAUUUGAAGAAGAAGGAGAAGGAGCUCCAAGCAAAGGAGGCAGAGCUGGCUAGAAGAGAGAAUGAGCUUAAACGUAAAGAAGAAGCUGCAGCACGAGCUGGAAUUGCUGUAGAGGUGAAAAACUGGCCAGCCUUUUUCCCCAUCAUCCAUCAUGAUAUAGCUAAUGAAAUACCUAUUCACCUACAACGGAUGCAAUAUUUUGCAUUUGCAUCAUUAUUAGGGCUGACCAUGUGUCUAAUUUGGAACAUUAUAGCAACAACAACUGCUUGGAUUAAGGGGGAAGGUGUAAAGAUCUGGUUGCUUUCUAUCAUCUUCUUUAUCUCUGGUGUCCCUGGUGCCUAUGUGUUAUGGUACAGGCCUCUUUAUAAUGCCAUGAGGACUGAAAGUGCUUUGAAGUUUGGAUGGUUUUUCCUGCUUUACCUGGUACAUAUUGGUUUCUGCAUCUAUGCUGCGGUGGCUCCUCCAAUAUUCUUCAAGGGAGAAUCUUUGACGGGAAUUUUGUCAGCUAUAGAUUUAUUGGGAGACUAUGUUAUAGUCGGGAUCUUCUACUUCAUUGGCUUUGGUUUCUUCUGCCUAGAAUCGCUGCUCAGCAUCUGGGUCAUUCAGCAAGUUUACUUAUACUUCCGUGGUAAUGGAAAAGCGGCGCAGAUGAAGCGCGAGGCCGCUGCCGGUGCCUUCAGGGCAGCAAUCUGAUUUUGAAUCUGUGUUUAAAAUAAGGCUGAUAGCUAUCCGUAGAGCUUGAUGUCCAUUAUUAUCAUUUUAGUAAAUAUUUGGUGCUUUUUUAAUUUUUUUUAAAGGUUUGCUAUAUGAAAUGGCAAUGUUUGACAUCUCAUGUUGAUUUUUCCUGCUGCAUUAUAUAAUGUUAUCAUUAUUGUUACAA